AUGUUCAAACCCACCCCCGCCCUCCAGGGCACGAUUCGCCGCCUCCCGCUCUCCACCAAGCAGGCCGGGCGCGAGUACUACAAGGGCAACCGCGUGGGCUCCAUGGGCACCAUCAACCGGUACGGCAACUUCACGCCGGACUGGAACAAGAUCCGGACGUAUGUGUUUCCCGUGCACGGGACGAAGAAUGCAGAGUUGACGCCCUUUGUCGCGCAGACCAUCCAGAAGACACGCACCACCGAUGCUGGACAGGCUGAGGUGUACCCCAAGCGCUUCACCGGCGAGGACUACCUGCGCGCGUGGAAGAUGGCAGGCGGGCAUGAUGUCGUUUACACCGAGGGCCAGGAGAGCAGGGGGCGGGCGAACAUGCCGGUGCCGUUUGAGGAGAGGAGGUGAGUGUUGGAAGGGAAAGAGAGAGGAGGUGA